GAGUAAAUGUGGUACGGCCAAACGGCCCAUGGCUUCCCAAUUCAGAAUAAUGAAUUAUUCACUUAUUUAUUGAUUUAUUACGGUCUGUGAUUUGAAGCUCUCUUGAAGACGAAGUGAUAACAUCAAAAAAUACUUACCCUCCUCCCGUAACAUAGAGUCCACUUCUUGAUCGCCUUAUUUUUCUAUUGCCAAAUAAAUAACAUUUUAAUAAGAUGGACUCGAAUAUUGAAUUUCCGGACGGUGGUGUAAUAUUUGGUCAUCGACCCUGUCAAACCAGAGAUGCAAAAUGGUUGUUGCUAGAAAACGUCUUUGAAAAAUGUUGUCGGCCGAAUAUGUAUGACAUCGGAGGCACUUACAUCGAGGAUCUACCGCACUUUUGGUUCUACUACAAAGUCGAAAUCGUUGGAAAAGUGUACCUCUUACAUAUAUUUGUUACCAACCGCCGUGAAGGUACUUUCCACGUAUCAUUAAGCAACAGCAGUGUUAUCGCAUUCAAGAAAAAACAGAAGCUGGCAUACUUAACUGCCAUGCCAAAAACCUACAAGUUUGAGAAGGCCCCUGCUAUGUCUCAGAACUAUCUAAAAACAUACAGUUUUUCAGAAAUUGAUUUGGAAACCUUGAAAGACUUAAAAUUAUAUAUACCUGUUUCAUUUGAUGUUCCAAGUAAAGAGAAAGCUGAUCAGCAUGAUUUCAGAGCUCUGUUGGAUGACCCAUAUGGUUCUGAUUUCGUAAUAGAAUCUCAGGAAGGUGACAAGUUCAAUGUUCAUAAAGUAUUUCUUCAGGCACGCAGCGAUGUGUUCACAGCUAUGCUUAAGGAAAAUACAGCAGAGAGCCAACAAAGUUAUUUGAAGUUAAUAGAUAUUGAUAAACAUGAUUUGUUUUGUAUGUUGGAGUAUAUAUACACUGGCACAUUACAAGAUAUAUCUUCCCAUAACUUCUUUAAUCUUCUCAUGCUGAGCGAUCGGUACAACCUGCAAGGUCUGAGAGAGAUAUCUGAGUAUUCACUCAGUAAUCAAAUAUGUGCAGCGAAUGUAAUUGAAACUUUUGUUGCUGCCGAUCUAUACAAUGCAGAAACUUUGAAAAUAGCAGCACUUAAAUUUAUGAAAUGUAAUAAAAAUGCCAUUCAUAACCGUAUGUUUGAUAAGCUUGAUAAUGUUCAGUUGAUAAGAGAAAUUUGUCAGUUUCUACUUCCUCAGUAAAACUCGUUUUUAUCCAUCCAAUCCUACAAUGUGUAUUUUCACACACAUUUACUUGGGUCAAUGGAUCUGAGAGGUUGUUUACGGAAGAUUUAAAUCAUGUCUUCAAUUCACAAUGGUAAAGGCAUUAUAUCAAGCUUUGUUAGUUAUAGUCCACAACAACUGAACAAAAAUGUGAAACUGCUUAACAUAAUUAUUAUUGUAGUCUACAUGUGAUUUGUGUGGUGUUUUUUAUAAAACCAUAUAAUACAGAAAAUAUUUCCUCACUGAAAAUGGUGCCAUAAUGUUGCCAUAGCAAAAAUAAAAAGUGGUGAUUCCAUCACAGCCUGGUGUAAUGAAGCAGUUCAUUCCAUCGUCAUCAUCAUUACCACCACAAUCUAUAGAUUUCCAUUGCUGGACAUAUGUUUUUUGUUGGGAGUUCCAAAAUCUAUGUUCAUGUGCUUCUUGGGUCCAGCAUCUUCCAAGUCCCAACAACUUGUUUCAUGUUGUCUUCUUAAAGUUCACAAACUUAUAAUAUGAGCCCUGAAACAUUUCACUUCUAUUUUCGAGAGUGAUGUUGUGUGUUGUGUGUAUGUAACAGACCAGGAUUCAAGUGUAGUGGAAUGUAAAAUAUGAGACUUUAAUUAAUAAUUAUUUCAUCACAAGUGUUUUAGUUCAAUAUUCAUUUAUUUAGACACAUGACUAUUAAGAAUUACAUUUAUCUAUGUAGCUCUUAUCGAAAUCCAAUGAAAAUUGCAUUUUUAAAAUGUUGUAUUUUUAUAAAUUCUUUGAUUUUUAUUUAUUUUUGAUAAAGUUAUUUAUAUGUACAUGUUGUCUUUUAGCAAAAAGGUAUUAAUCAGCACAAAAAAAUGUAAAUAACUCAAGGUAACAAUUUUUAUGACUGUAAAUCCAAUCACUUUUUAGGAAGAUAUAUUAUUUGUAUAAGCUAUAAAAAUUUCCCAAGUGUCAAUAUAUCAAUAGUGAUUU